CCAACAGUUUUCUUCAAAGACAAAAGGAUAUUAAUUAGUCAUUUUCUGUUCAGGUGUAACACCAUAAGAUUCCAUUUCCUGGUGCCAAUACCUCUCGGUUCCUCCGACGUGCAUCAAUAUUAUUAGUGUGGUGGAUUGAAGAUGGCUUCACCCAUGUCACAAUAUCCUAGGAUUUCGGAUUUGUCUUCUGAUGCCGUGGAAGUGGUUCUCGAGCAUACGCCCCUCAAUGCCCGAUGGUGGCCCAAGCUGCUCUCAUGGGAGUCCAGGCUCCUCUGGCUCCUCUCUGGCUCUUCUAUUGUCGUUUCCAUUUUCAAUUUCAUGCUCAGUUUUGUCACCUUGAUGUUCACUGGCCAUCUUGGCGCUAUUGAACUUGCUGGAGCUUCCAUUGCUAACGUUGGAAUUCAGGGUUUUGCUUAUGGUGUUAUGUUGGGGAUGGCAAGUGCAGUACAAACAGUGUGUGGGCAGGCAUACGGGGCCAAGAAAUAUGCGGCGAUGGGCAUUGUCUGCCAAAGAGCAAUCAUCUUGCAAGUAGGCGCCGCCAUACUACUGACCUUUUUGUAUUGGUACUCCGGUGCCGCUCUUAAAGCAAUGCGCCAAUCUGAUAGUAUAGCAGAGAGAGGCCAACUCUUCGCUCGCGGAUUAAUCCCUCAGAUUUUUGCCUUCGCCAUUAGCUGCCCCAUGCAGAGGUUCCUCCAAGCUCAGAACAUAGUCAAUCCCCUGGCUUACAUGUCGGUUGGGGUAUUUCUCCUCCACGUUCUUCUCUCAUGGCUCGUUGUCUUCGUCCUUCACUAUGGCCUCCUCGGGGCCGCCCUCACUCUUAGCUUCUCCUGGUGGUUGCUGGUAAUUGCAAACGGCCUUUAUAUUGUUUUCAGCCCUUCUUGCAAGGAAACUUGGACUGGCCUCUCCAUUAGUGCUUUUAAAGGAAUCUGGCCUUACUUCAAGCUCACCAUUGCUUCUGCUGUCAUGCUUUGUUUAGAGAUUUGGUACAGCCAAGGACUGGUUCUUAUAUCAGGUCUCAUCUCCAAUCCAACAAUUGCACUGGAUUCAAUCUCUAUUUGCAUGAAUUACUUGAACUGGGACUUGCAAUUUAUGUUAGGCCUAAGCGCAGCUGCCAGCGUUCGAGUAGGUAACGAGCUAGGAGCAAGCCAUCCAAGGGUGGCCAAGCUCUCGGUAAUUGUGGCGAAUAUAACGAGCAUUGUUAUUAGCAUAGUGUUUACUGCAGUGGUAUUGAUAUUCAAAGUUGACUUGAGUAAAGCCUUUACAAGUGAUUCCAAGGUGAUCAAAGCAGUUUCUAACCUGACUCCGCUGUUAGCCAUCUCUGUUUUUCUCAAUGGGAUUCAGCCCAUUCUAUCAGGAGUGGCUAUUGGAAGUGGAUGGCAAGGUCUUGUCGCUUCUGUGAAUCUGGCUACAUAUUACGUGGUUGGUCUCCCCAUCGCGUGUGUUCUUGGUUUCAAAACCAGUUUAGGAGUAGAAGGAAUUUGGUGUGGGAUGGUUAUUGGGGUUCUUCUACAAACAGUAACAUUAGUAAUUCUCACAGCCAGAACAAACUGGAAUACAGAGGUUGAGAAGGCCGCUGAGAGGUUGAAAAAAUCUGCUAAUGAGGAUACACUAAACUUGGUUGAAGGUUUAUGAAGACACCUCCAUUGUCUUUUGACGUUUUUCUUUUUGCGAAAAUGACAUCACACACUUUUUGUAUAAUCAUACGUACAAUAUCACUUGACAUUUUAUGAUUCAAUCUUUUUAUUCAGGUUGUCACAUAUGAAUUAGUGUAUAAUCACUUGUUUAAUGUCAAAUCAUUAUAAAAAUAAUUUAUAUAU